AUGGCUGAAAAUACGAACCCCGGCAACUUUGCGAAUCGCCCCCAUGAGGAGGUACAGGAUGCCGCUUCCAAAGGAGGGCAGGCCAGCCAUGGUGGCUUUGCCAGCAUGGAUGCCGAUAAGCAGCGCGAGAUCUCAUCUAAGGGGGGCUUUGAGUCCUCUGGCUCGUUUGAGCCUGGUAGCGAGAAAGCGCGCGGGGCUGGUCGCAAGGGAGGCUCCAAGUAA